CACAGGUAUGCGUGACUUUUAUUGAACGUGAUCUUUGUGUGCCACUCUGAGAAGUGACGGGCUGAUGGUGGAUCACAGCCACGUAGUGAACAGCAGAGGGCGCUUUAGCUCCUAAAACCAGCCGCAGUCCUCCGUCAGCAUCAUUCCUGUUGCUACACAACUGAUUUAUUCCUGAUGCCACAGUCUCGGGCUCUAAUCCUGUUCACACUGCGCCUUUGCCCUCUGCUGUCCGCAUCUCCACUGGGAUCUUGUUGCGCUUGGAUCAGCUUAUCCCUCUGGAAUUUUUUUCACUUGAUCGGCUGCCGGUGUCCGCUUUUGGCCACUUAUAUUCAACAAUUGGCGGCAACGUGUUGAAAAUGUGCAGCCUCCCACAUUCUGCGCUAAAUAAUUUCAUCCUUAUGGUGCCUGAGCUCUGAAGUCUGGUGCGUAAUCGCCGCUCUUGUGCGCUGACGCAGGACAUGCGGAGGUUGAUGCACCUUCAGGAGCUUCGACAGGUGAGCGACUGUGCGCAAAACACCCCAUCUGGCUCCAGCGCAAAGUGCGUGGGAUUUCUGUCCAGGCAGGCGUCCCGUAUACGCGUCCAACUCUUUGGGCAAAACGCGGAGAGCGUCUAACAUGUGGAUCCGGGACGCACGCAGCAGAAAGGAAGCCUGAGGAGUGAGGACGAGAACGAAGAGGACGCCGCGCAAACAUGGGAAUCCCAGUGCUUUUCAGCUGGCUUACCUUUACAGUGGCAACGGUGCCCACCUGGCUGCUCGCUGCUCCUAGCGGCAUCCGUGAGCGUCCCUGUCCGCAGAGCUGCAGAUGUGAUGGGAAAAUAAUAUACUGCGAAUCCAAUGCCUUCCGUGACGUGCCAAACAAUGUAUCUGUAGGCACGCAGGGACUCUCUCUGCGGUACAACAGCUUGGUGAACCUCAGAUCCCAUCAGUUCGCAGGCCUGAGUCAACUAGUCUGGUUGUACCUGGACCACAACUACAUUAAUGUCGUGGAUGGCCAAGCUUUCCAUGGGAUACGAAGGCUCAAAGAACUGAUUCUCAGCUCAAAUAAGAUUACGCUGCUCAAAAACAACACUUUCCAUGAUGUACCGAAUCUGCGUAAUCUUGAUCUUUCCUACAAUAAACUACAGGUUCUCCAGCCAAAACAGUUCCACGGUCUGCGAAAACUUCUUAGCUUACACCUGAGGUCCAACUCCUUAAAAACCAUCCCAAUGCGAGUUUUUCUGGACUGUCGCAACCUGGAAUUUCUUGAUAUCGGGUACAACAGGCUGCGGAGCCUUACUCGGAAUGCCUUUGCAGGACUAAUGAAGCUCAUUGAGCUUCAUUUGGAACACAACCAAUUCUCCAAGAUCAAUUUUGCUCAUUUCCCUCGCUUGACUAACCUGAGAGCACUCUAUUUGCAAUGGAACCGUAUCAAGCUGCUAACCCAGGGACUGCCGUGGAUGUGGACAUCCCUACAGAAGCUAGACCUCUCAGGAAAUGAACUGCAACAGUUGGAUGUGAGUACAUUCCAGUGCUUGCCCAAUCUCCAGACACUUAACUUGGACUCCAACAAACUCAGCAAUGUUCCUCGGCAGACGGCUGCAGCCUGGAUCUCUCUCACCACCAUCAGUCUGGCUGGUAAUGUGUGGUACUGUAACUACAGCAUAUGCCCCCUGGCGGCUUGGCUGAAGGCCUUUAAAGGUAACAAGGAGUCUAUGAUGAUUUGUGCUGGCCCUAAGGAGGUACAAGGAGAGAAAGUGAGUGAGGUGGUGGAGACAUUCAACAUCUGCGCAGUGACGCUAACUCCCUUCACCUCCACAGCGUUAGCCACCACUUUUGUAACUCGGCAUGAGUGGCUUCUACCACUUCCCACGUAUUCUGUGGUGGAUAAGGAGCUUAUCUGGAACAGUUCAGCCACCCCCACACCUUCCGAGGCUGUUCCCACCAUCCCUUUGCCAGACACUGAGUAUGUGUCCUUCCACAAGAUCAUAGCUGGUAGCAUUUCACUCCUCUUAUCUGUGGCUAUAAUUCUGCUGGUUAUCUACGUCUCGUGGAAACGCUACCCUAGUAGUAUCAAACAGCUUCAGCAGCGCUCUGCGGUUAAAAAGCGUCAGAAAAAGUCACGGGAGACUGAGCGCUCCCUUAGUUCACCACUGCAAGAGUAUUAUGUGGACUACAAGCCUUCACACUCAGAGGCUAUGGAUGUGCUGGUUAAUGGGACAGGACCUUACACAUACACCAUCUCAGGCUCCAGGGAAUGUGAGAUACCGCGGCAGCUGAGUGCCCUCACGUUGUAUAAGUGUGAGCAGUCGCUUGUGGAUUACUGCCAUGCCCACCUGUCGCUGCACCUCGACGUCGGCGAGGAACCCCCCACUCAGGCACAAAGAGGUUCCGGGCCGGCAGGUUCCCACCUCGGCUUCAUGGCCACCCUCCCUCCUGAGCCUGUGCUGCCUUGGCCCUGGACCCACUCCCUCCAUCAGUGAACCGCGAUGUUCCGGCUCCAUCAGAGAAUCAGCGGACUUCUGAUGGCACUUGGGAAUGGAUAACCAUUUAAAGAAAGGAAGGAGUCAAUUAAUCUGCUGCAGAACAAGCUGCACCCGGGGUAACGUUAAUCAAAAUGAACAUAUUGCUCAGCGGAAAUAAAAGGGGGGUACAGCGGUAUUGAUCUGUGAGCUCGUGACCUUGCUGACCCCUCACUGCCCUCAAUUAGCAACAGCGUCAGCAUAAGCAGAGUGAUGUUUUCUCACUUCCCACUCAACUGAGGGUUAUUAACAAUGAUCAUUUAAAGAUUUGUUAAUCUUAUUAAAACACAUUCUCUCACAGCCUCCUCAAGC